AAAUUUCUGGUCGAAUCGCGUUUUGCAAUUUUAUGACAGCGAUAAUGUAUAACCUAAAUUCGUUAUGAUCAUAAUUGAUCUAUAGGUAGAAAACAAUGACAACUAUCGUACAGAAUGUAUGUAAAUUAUCGCAAAACAUUUUCUCAUCAUUUCUUCGAAAAAAUGGCCAAAAAUCAACGGCCGUAUUGGAUGAAACGAAUGUCGUGACAUUGAAAAAAUUAUUUUCACAAAUUACAUUGAAUGAUAUUCACUAUGAUCUCGAUGAAUUAUUUUUGCCAUCAUCGAACCUUAUGAACAAUGAAUUACAAACAACACUACCAUCAUCAUCAUCGGCACCGAUUACCUAUACAUCGAUAUUUCAGAAUCAAUUUUUUUCAUUAACAAUUUUUGGUUUUCGUAAACAAACAUCACUAAUACCAUUACAUGAUCAUCCUGGUAUGCAUGGUUUCAUUAAAUGUGUUUAUGGCAGUAUUUCGAUUAAAAGCUAUACUAUUCUUGAUAAUCUAUGUGCUCCAAAUGAAAUUCUGAACAAAGUAUCCGAAUUAGAUCAUCAUUGUUUGGUUCCAGUCAUCUAUGUUGGUGAAGAUAUAAUUACCAGUGAUGAUUAUAAUGUUGGAACAUUAACACCAUUUGAUAGUAAUAUACACGAAAUUCGACCAAUAACAAAUUCGGCAAUAAUGGCCGAUAUUAUAUCACCACCAUAUACGGAAUAUACUCAUAGCUAUUUCUAUUUAUUUAUCGAUACAGUUUUCGAUGAUCGAUUGAAUAAAAAUAUUACAUGGCUUUUACGAACAUUGGAUAGUCGAGAUUAUUACUGUGAUACGUUAAUCUAUCGUGGUCCAAACAUUCAACUGGUCUAAUCAAAUUGUUUUGUUUUGUUGUGUUGGUUUUUUUUGGAAAAAUUUGAACAAAUAAAAUAGUGAACAAAUGAA